GCGGCCGGGCGCUGAGGCCCGGAGCGACGGGCGCUGCGCAGAGCCCGGGUCCCCGCUGCGGAGGGUGAAGGAGCCGAGCCCGGCCAGGCCAUGCCCGGCCCCCCGACGCUGGGGGCGGCAGGCCCCGGCCCGGACCCGGAGGAGCGCUACGAUUUCCUCUUCAAGCUGGUGCUGAUCGGGGACGCCAGCGUGGGCAAAACCUGUCUGGUGCAGCGCUUCAAAACCGGGGCCUUCGCCGAGCGCCAGGGCAGCACCAUCGGCGUGGACUUCACCAUGAAGAGCCUGGAGAUCCAGGGCAAGCGGGUCAAGUUGCAGAUCUGGGACACAGCAGGCCAGGAGAGAUUCCGAACCAUCACACAGAGCUACUACCGAAGCGCCAAUGGAGCAAUCCUAGCCUACGACAUCAGCAAGAGAAGCUCUUUCCAGUCCAUUCCUCGCUGGAUUGAGGAUGUGAGAAAGUAUGCUGGUUCCAACAUAGUACAGUUACUGAUUGGAAACAAGUCUGAUUUAAGUGACCUUCGAGAGGUUCAGCUGGAAGAGGCUCAGAAUCUGGCUGAACACUACGAUAUCAUCUGUGCCAUAGAAACGUCUGCAAAAGACUCCAGCAAUGUGGAGGAAGCUUUUGUGAAGAUGGCAACGGAGCUCAUGAUAAGGCAUGGAGGCCCCAUGUUCAAUGAGAAAAACACAGACAGCAUCAAACUUGACAGCAAAGACAUAGUAGAAGGCUGGGGGCCAUGCGGUUGCUGAUACAAGCUAGGUGGUACCCCUGACUUUUCUGGAAUUUAGAGGGAUGUCUCCCCCUAAGGCUGAGUAGCACAGUAGCUGUAUCCUCCUCCUGAGAGACCAGCAUUUUUGUAGAUGUUAGACACCAAUGCAAUCAAGAUUUUGUCUUUUACUUUUAAAAAGGGACUUUGUUGAGGUUUAGACCUAAAAGUUCAACCUUCCUUGACAUUUACUCUGUAUUUGCCCCCAUUAUUUUCUUUGCUGCAGCCUCCUCAGUAAGUUAUGAAUCUGAGUGAAGCAGCAUGGAUCUGUUUGUUGGAGGGCAGGGGAAGGUAACUAGAUGAGAAACCACCAGAUACCUAAAGUCCUAAACCCUUCAGUAUGGGAUAGCUGGCAAAGGUGUAACUAUUUUUGCUUUUAGGUCAGUCAGCCUUGAUAGAAUCUUUAAAUUCUCAGCAUUCCACAAAUGACCACAUACACCAGACAGAUUAGACAGUGACUGUGGCAAAGGUGUUUCAAGUAUCAAAAUGCUUGAAUGUUUUGAACACGGGACCAAGCAGCAGUCACCUGUCCAAGACACUGGACCACCGUGGAAGCUCUCUCCUUGAAAGUGAAAUGUGGCACAUGGACUGCGAAAUACUGUUGGUACAAGCCCAAGUGGGCUGUCGUGCUGAUUUUUAAAAAAUCAUCAUUCAAAUAGUGAAAUCAGCCUGAGCAAUACCGGUUGCCUGCUUGUUUAGCAAGAUAAGAAACAUUAAAUGUACUGACUCAAAUUCACUCUUGGAGAAGGAGGGGUUUGAUUAUUUUGUUACUUAUUUGCACAGUGAAUAGUUCCUUUUCCAACUUGGUGUCACGGAGUUUUUACCCUCAGCUUUAUUCAUUUCAUUCCAUAACUCAAGAACAGCACCACUGGAAAUAAGAACUGGAGAAGCCUUGAACAGACUUUGCUAACCAUGACUGACUUUGGAGUGCUGUAUUAUGCCUAACUGGUCACAUAGAACGUUAAUUCCAAUCACGUGUGAUUAGCAUUAGUUUUUGUGGCCAGAGGUUCAUUGCACAAGUGACUGUGACUUUUCCAUUCUUUAACUACAGCCUGGGCAUUUGAUGGGACGGUGAACUUCAAAUUAGCUGAGGAUUGUAUGAAACAUGAUUUCUUGGCUAUAGAAAAAUAUUGAGAUCUCUCUGAUUCCCUCUCUCACAAUCACAAGUUGCCAGUUGAUUUUCAUUUCUUGCAGAUCUUCACCAAGAAAAAUCUUUUUACUGUUGACCAAAAAGUCUGCAUUAUUAAUUAAAUUGAUUUAAUAACCCAGCUAAGUAGUUGGCUUAAAGAUGUAGCUCUUUAUUAGGAGCUUAUGUUGUGUCUGCCGUUAGAAAGUGCUGACGCCGGCAACUAUCCCUGGAUUUACUCUCUCAAGCACCUUACAAACAGGGAUUUACAAAAGGAACAGAAGCUGGAUUUUUUUUAAAUCUACAGUUUAAAGCCAAGGUUUUCAGAAUAGUGAUUUUGGGUGCCUGACUCUAGAUAUUUUAAAAGAUCCUGAUUUUCAGAAGUGCUGAUUACCCACCCUCAAAAAUCAGGUCUCGUUAAGGUGUUUCAGGUUGCUGCACCUGUAGGAAAAAAAUGAAGGCACUCAAAAUCAGUCAUUGUUUUUGAAAGUCUUUCCCUAAAAGGAUAGGGUGUAUUUGGAUUAUUGUUAUUACCAGGAAUACAGCUUAUGGCCAUUCCACACAUAGCAUGAAAGCCAAGAAACUAGGAAAGGGCUAAUAUCAUGGACCCUGUUUUAAAUGUUGAUUCAUCAGAAAAAUCAUUUUCCUGCAGAAAAUGUUGAACUAUUUUCUACUGAAGUAGUUGAUUAAAGAAUUAUGUAUGUUUUGUAGACUGUGUGCUUGUAAUUUAAGAUAAACUUGACUUCAGAUUUUAUAGUUGUAAGAAUAAAGGGGCCUUAAAACAUUUAGUUUAGUUUUCACAUUUCUAUUUUAUAUGGAAAUGCAGGAUGAGGCACAAAUAUGGGUUUUGGUUUUAAAUAGGGCAGUUUUCCAGGAUACUCCAGGGUCUCCUACAUCCAAAGAUAAGAGGCACCGAGUGCCUAGAAGAAACUAAACACUGGAGAUGGAGUUUUUCCAAAACUCCAGGCAAUUAACUUAGUAUCGGUUAGUAAACAGCAAACCUCCUACUCUGUUCCCAAAGAAGGGGUAAGAGUCAGAUUAAUCUAGAAAAGAGGUCUGAUUAAAAACUAAAAUUCAGUCCUGAAAUCUUUUUUCUAGUGAAAAGGUACUAUAGCAAAUAUAUUUAAGAUCCUCUUCUGUUUGUUGAUCAGCCUGAAUAGGCUGGGUAGAGUUAUUCUGUCCAUUUCUGAAGUGCUUACGAUAGAAAAGCUGACAAGGUCUUAAACCAGAGAAUCCUUGCGUCUUGUCAUCAUAAUGUUUUAGUGUACAGCUAUAGGCCCAAAUCCAACAAUUUGGUGUGCCCACACAUGGACCUUUACAUCAAUCCACAGUCCCAUUAUUUGCAGGACUGGUGCCAAGUUACAUACUUAAAACCAUACUGGUAAAAAUUCAUGUGCAUGUAAAAACAAGAGUAUUGAAACUACUUAGAUCACAGCUGAUCCUCUGUAGCUUAGAUAAUGCAUUCUAGGCCUGGAUGAGCUAUAUAUCUUAUCAAGAGCCAGAAAGGACCUGGACCCUAUUCCCAUUGCAGUCAUCGAAAGUUUUGCCACUCACUAUAAAUGAGGCAGAUUUGAGCCCAACAUGUUAAAGAAUAAAAGCAUGGGAGUUUCUUUAAUAUUGACCUAUGUGUAGCAACCAAAUAGAAAUAAAUCAAGCACUUUAUUUUUUUCUUAAUCCUUUGCUAUGGUUCACCUGGUGUUUCAACUGCAGCGUUGAAGUUUAAGAAUCCACCUGCAGAGCUUAGUCUGUUUCAGUCAGAAGUUAUUAUAAAAUGCAGUUCCAGUUGUUUGUUCACUGGGCCUUCAAAUGAAGGAUAUGCUUUAGCUUCUUGGAUUUUCCUGUAAAGCUAUAGUCCUUUAGUUUUAGAGUAGCUAUGUCUUCUCACUUAAAAAAAACCCACCACCCUAUAAUACGUUUGCAUGUCCUACCUAGCAAAAUGUCAGGGAAUAAAGAAAUGGAGAGACGAACCUCAUUUAUCCAAACCAGUUUGCCACAUACCAGUCAGCGGUAUAGUGUUUGGGUUCAUAAUACACUGUUUCAGCUACCCCGCGGCAUAUACCAUACACAUCACUUGGGUGUGAUAGUAAUGGUACAAUCCUCACUAGAUGCACGGUUCUUUUCAUGGUUAAAUAUAUUUCAGUACAAACAGAAUUUAUAUCUUUUUCAAUAAUCCCUUUUAUAGACUUCACUGUUUCGCUAGCCUUAGAUCCAUAAGUGAAUAGCUAUGGCUAUGAAUCUAAGCAGUAGGAGCCAAAUCCUGCUUGCUUUAUUUUCAGUAGUCCCACUGAACCCAAAAGGAGAAUCAUGCUAGAGGAGGGUGAGCAGGAUUUAGCCCUACAUUUAUAGACACACAACUGUUUCUUGGAAAUCUCAGGUUAGGCACCUGCAAUGAUGUACAUCAAAUGAGUGGCUCAGUAGCAUAUGAACACAGUUUAAGGCAUAAAUAUUUGCUAAGACCCCGGUUUGCUGGCAGUUGAACAUUAGCAAGAAAAUAUAUAGCCAUUGCACUAUUGGGUAGUGCAUUAAUUGCUUUAGGCAGAUCAUCUUAGCCUACCAUUACUUUUAUAGAAUUUAUCGUUUGCAUUUGGCAGUGCCCAAAGUGUGCUAAGUACAGUAGAGAGUCAAAAAAGGGGCAUUGGUCCUUGCCCCAAACAGCUUACAAGCCUGAAAUUCAAUGGCAAACACUGAAAUGAGAAUUCUUACAGAAUUUUGUUCUCUUUGUCUAAACGGUGCUCUUCCCUGUUUUGGUUUGGAUUCAUCUUUAAACUUUUAAAUUCAUCUCCUGUUGCUGAUGCAGUCCAUUUUGAUGGGCAGAAUUUGUGCAAAUAUUUAUAAUUGUGUCAUUUUCAAAUAAAUGUGUAUUAGCAUAGAA